AUGAACGAGUCGGAGUGCGCCAACCUGCUCGCAUCCGUACAGUGGACGGAUCCGACUAAUCUGGUCUCGCUGGCGGUGCUGGCGUUCAUCAACGUGCUCGUCAUCGUCGGCAACUGUCUGGUGAUCGCGGCCGUGCUCUGCUCGCACAAGCUGCGGAGUGUUACCAAUUUUUUCAUCGUUAGUCUAGCUGUUGCUGAUUUAUUAGUUGGAUUAGCUGUAUUGCCAUUUUCGGCCACCUGGGAGGUGUUUAAGGUUUGGAUAUUCGGUGACGUAUGGUGUCGCAUCUGGCUAGCGGUGGACGUCUGGAUGUGCACCGCCUCCAUACUGAACCUGUGCGCCAUAUCGCUGGACCGGUACGUCGCCGUCACGCGACCGGUCACCUAUCCGAGCAUUAUGUCGACCAGGCGCGCCAAGUCGCUCAUCGCCGGGCUGUGGGUGUUGUCAUUCGUGAUCUGCUUUCCGCCGCUGGUCGGGUGGAAGGAACAGAAAGUGAAAGAGAACGUUUAUUAUCAAUACGGAAACUACACACUGGUGUCCGUGACACCGUCCCCAUCGCCGCCGCUUCCCUGCCCCUGGACGUGCGAGCUGACGAACGACGCCGGGUACGUCGUCUACUCGGCCCUCGGCUCCUUCUACAUUCCGAUGUUCGUGAUGCUGUUCUUCUACUGGCGCAUCUACCGGGCGGCGGUCCGGACAACGCGCGCCAUCAACCAGGGCUUUCGCACCACCAAAGGCAUGGGCAAUCGGUUCGACGACAAUCGGCUCACGCUGCGCAUACACCGAGGGCGGGGAUCGACGAGCGCUCCUCUGCACGAGUCGCCACACAGCAACGGUAGCACGCACAGCACCACUACCAGCAUCGGCAGUGCGUCGCCCGAGCGCCUGUCGCGCUACUCGACCCGCGGCGGCAAGCUGGCGGCGGCGGCUGCGGCGGCUGCAGCGGCGGCGGCUGCCCACGGCCACAGUGCGCCGCAGCACGAGAAGAUCAAGAUCUCCGUCUCAUACCCGUCGAGCGAGAACGUCGCCCAGGCUUCCGGGGCGGGCAACACCGUCGGCACGAAGCUGCUGUACGCCGUACACUAUUCCUCCGCGAACGGACGGGACACCAACGCGUCGCAGAUCUUUCGCCGCCCCUCCAAGGAUCAGCCGCCGGCGCACGGUGGCGGCUCGCCCCGCUACCUCACGGUGACGGAGCAACAGCAGCAACAGCAGCAGCAGCAACAGCAACACCACCAACACCGGGAGCGGGGCAGCCUGCUCUCGCCCCGCUCGAGCAAGCGCAUGGGCAAGCGGAACAUCAAGGCGCAGGUGAAGCGCUUCCGCAUGGAGACGAAGGCGGCCAAGACGCUGGCAAUUAUCGUCGGGCUGUUCGUGCUGUGCUGGCUGCCGUUCUUCACCAUGUACCUGGUGCGGCCGUUCUGCGACGACUGCAUCAACGAGCUGCUGUUCUCGAUCGUCUUCUGGAUCGGCUACUGCAACUCGGCCAUCAAUCCGAUGAUCUACGCGCUCUUCUCCAAGGACUUCCGAUUCGCGUUCAAGCGCAUCAUCUGCCGGUGCUUCUGCUCGGGCGCGCGCUUCCCGGCCGCCGUCGGCAGCCGCCGCGGCUCGGACAUGUCGCAGAUGCGCGGCCAUGGCGGCCGCACGCCCAGCAUCUCGCCGAGCGCCGCCGCCCAGUCGCUCUGCGACGACAGCGACCCCGUCGGCGGUGACCUCUCCGACUCCAGAUGA